GCAACCGGAGUCAUGUAAACAUGCUUUUGUGUGUUAGAAAUACAUUCGCAAUUAAUGCAUUAGAAUUCUGCCUAUUUCAUUAAACAAAAUUUAUUCUUGUGUUUUGUAUAAUGCUGUUUGAUUUCCGAAUUUUAGCACCUGUGAUUCUUUCAUUGUUUUUAGGGUUUUAUUCUAAAAAGUAUUAUAUUGAAAUUAAACAGGAUCUUGUCACAGAUUCAGAAAAUCCAUUGUUAGUUAUUGGAAUUCUUUCCUCACAAGACAAUUUUGCCUUCAGAGAAGCUGCUCGUUCCACUUGGCUCAAGACUUAUGGGUUCAAUAAGAAUCAUUCUGUUAAGGCAUACUUUAUUAUUGGACAAAAUUCGUGCAAUGUACCCCCAGAGUAUCGAUUGAGCAAAUAUUCAUGUGAUAAAGUUCCAUUGAAUGUAUCAGGAGUUCAGAAGCAUUUUUCAUCAAGUUACAGUAUAAAUUUUAAUCCUGAAUCAUCGAAAAUACUAAAGACAUUUCAUCAAGGAUUUAGUUUUAAAAUCAACUAUCCUCUGGUGGUUAAAAAGUUGGGAAUUUUAUCCAAUCUUCUUGCUCCAAACACACAAGCAAAAAUUGCAAUUCUCGAUGUUCAGACUAAGGUUUCAAUUGUUCAAGCAGUAGUAUCUUCAAAUGAUUCUCACACUGCUGAAGGCUAUUAUUAUCAGUCUGUCGAGGAAAUUAUGUUACCAAAGAAUUUUGAAGGAAUGGUCCUUGUGGAAGGUUAUUUACUCGAUUCUUCUCACACCCAAAUGUCCUGGAACGAUGGUGGUGGAGUGAUAACGUACAUGAGGAUAUACACAUCUCUUUCUCAUUUGGACUCAAUAGAAUAUUCUCCUGAAAUUUUCGUUGCUCCAAGCAUUGAAUUUUUCGUUAAUGAUCUUAAUACUUUGGAAAAGUAUAUUCGAAAAGAAGAACAAAUAACAAAUGAAUGGAUAUCAUACACAAAAAAUUUAAGCAUAAAUAUCAAUUUGGAAGCCGCUGAAUAUGCAGAUAUUCUUCUUGUUGAUGUUGUUGAUAUUUAUAGAAAUUUACCAUCUAAAUUGCUCAAGUUCUAUAAUUGGUUAUCUUCCAACCAUGAAUACUCAUAUGUUCUGAAAACAGACGAUGAUAUUGUGAUAGACAUUAAUCGUUUGCUUCAAAAAUUAAAGGAUGAUGUACUAUUUAAUUCAUCCAGCAACUGGCUGCUGAGCAGAUUUAGAAAAGAAUGGCCUGUUAAUUAUAUUGGCAAAUGGGCUGAUUAUGACUACCGCUCACCAAUAUAUCCGUCAUUUCCUUGUGGAGCAGCUUACAUUUUAUCCAGAAACGUGGUUUCUUGGUUACACGACAAUUCAGACCAACUUUUCCCUUACCAGGGUGAAGAUGUUUCAAUGGGUAUUUGGUUAGCUGCCAUAAAGCCUGAAUAUAUAGACGAUGAAAAUUUUGAAUGUGAUUCAAGGUGCCAUUACCUCAGCUACAACAGAGCUCAGCUGACUCCAGAACAAAUAUAUGAUGUUUGGUCAGCCUAUGAAAAAUGUAAUAAUUUAUGUUCAUGUAAAUAAAAAAAAAGUUUAAAACUAAAUAAAGUG